AUGCAGAAGAUGGGCGCCCAUCCGCCGAGAGCCAGCUGCAGGGAGCUGGACAACUGCAGGAACGCCAGCCUCAUGUCGAAGAAGGGUGAUCUCAGCCUGCAGAAACUGGCAGAAGCCUGGGGCAGGGGCCACCCCUUCAUCUCGGUAUGUUUGUGCUGCUUUUCUUCUUCGGCCAUCGCCUGCGGCCGUCCGAGAAUCGCCAGCAUCGCCGAGAGUUUCUCGCGGAUUCGCGGGCACGUACCGUCCACCGGCUUCGUGGCCUUCCUGACCUUCCUGCCAGUCUGCCAGGAGCUGGACCUGUUCGGCUUCGGAGGCUAUGCCACCGCCGACGGGCACGGCGAGUGGAGUGGCCACGACCUGGGAGCCGAGCAUGACAUCGAGGACGCGAUCGCCGCCGGAAAGCAGCCACCGUGGUCCAAUCCCCACGAUCCCGACGCCUUGGACUGGUUGCUGGCCCACGCCGCCAAGGUCCAGAAUCGGAGGUGA